UAAAAAGGAGAAAGUAAUCAGUAAACAACAGAAGAAUGAGAAACAGAGGAAAGAGAAUAAUGGAGUGAUGGAAUAAACGACUGGAAUCAUUCACUUCAUCUGGACAACACAAACACACCUGCAAAUCUGCAGCAGAACGGAGAGGAGGCGGUCUUUACCGCUCUCAUAACCAUGGAUGAUGACGACUGCAGUGCGCUGGAGAACGGCGACUGCGAGGCGGCGCGGCAGACCAGUGACAUCACCUUCAGCUCCAACAUAAGCCCCACCCCCGGCCUAAGGAGGAAGCAGCUGCUGUGGCAAAAUGCCGUCAGAAACGUCAUUGACAAACACAACAUGUACUCACUGAGGCUUGCUGGUGGCCUGGACCGAGGCAGACACCGCAUCUUUGUCACCGACGCCUACAUCGCUGACAUCAACAGGCAGAUCCGUAACAAGGCGUCCCGAACAGCUCUGUGGCAGAAACGGCGCUCGUCGGCUGCUCGUAUCCACCCGUCCACGCCGAGGAUCAACGCCGCGGCACAGACAGCGUACGACUCGCUGAGUGACUCCACCUUCUUUGUGUCAUCAGGGUCAACGGUGCGGGGCGUCUUCAUCCCCGCACUGCAACACACAUUCAAGUCUGUGGACCUGGAACAGCUGUACCAACAGUUCUCGUCAGGAGAACGCAGGACGUCGCUGGUCGUCACCAACGUCAUCGACAUUGUGACCCGACUGCUCAUCUCUCUGCUAACAUGGCCGCCGGGCUGGUGGGGUCUGGCCUGUGAUUGGCUGGCUGGUCUGUCUGUUGUCCUGUGGGCGGGGAUCUGUCUGCUGGCGCUCACCAGGAGGGAAGUGACAUCAUCGCCUCAAUGGCUCUGGUACCUCUCAGUGGUGAGCUGGAUGUCUCAGACCCUCCAGGUGUUGGUGGGUGUGUUCAGUUGGGCGGAGAGCGACCACUCCUGGUACGUCUUCUUCUCGUUGUUCUCCACCUACACCCUGCUGCCCCUCCCCCUCCUCUGGUCCAUUACUGCCGGGACAACCACGUCCACCUUGCACCUGCUGCUGGAUGUCUGCCGUCACUACGGCGAUGACACCUUCGUCAGAAAGGUCUGCGCUGAUCUUUCUUCCUCCUUCUUUCUGUUCUUCAGCAUGAUUCUGUGUGUGUGUGUGUGUGUGUGUGUGUGUGUGUAUCUAUGUGUGUGUGUGUGUGUGAGGUCAUGUGACCCAUGUGGGCGUGUCCUGCCUGUCCAGGUGUCAUCCAAGGCCUUACUCUACCUCGCCAUGAACACUGCUGGUCUGUUUAUCCACUACCUGUCGGACCGCACCCAGAGACAGGCGUUCCUCGAGACCAGGCGCUGCAUCGAGGGGCGGGUCCGCCUGGAGCGGGAGAACCAUCGACAGGAGCGCCUGGUGAUGUCCAUCCUGCCUCGGUUCCUGGUUCUGGAGAUGAUUGCCGAUAUGGCUACCAUGGACGAGUACCUGCUGCCUCAGCAGUUCCACAAGAUCUACAUCCACCACUACAAAGACGUCAGCAUCCUGUUUGCUGACAUCAUUGGCUUCACCUCCCUGUCAUUGAUCCUCUCCGCUCAAGAACUUGUCAGAACUCUCAACGAACUCUUUGGUCGCUUUGAUCAGCUGGCUGAGGAGCACCAGUGUCUCCGUAUUAAGAUCCUGGGGGACUGUUAUUACUGCGUCUCUGGUGUCCCCGAGCCUCAGCGGGGACACGCCCGCUGCUGCGUGGAGAUGGGUCUCAGUAUGAUCAACACCAUGAGGUACGUUCGCCGUGAGCUGCAGCAGGAAGUGGACAUGAGGAUCGGCGUCCACUCCGGGUCGGUCCUUUGUGGGGUUCUGGGUCUUCAGAAGUGGCAGUUUGACAUUUGGAGCUGGGACGUGGACAUUGCCAACAGUCUGGAGGCGGCAGGCGUGGCGGGGCAGGUCCACAUCUCGCAGGCCACUCUGGAUUGUCUUGGCGGGAUCUAUGAGACGGAGGCGGGGCACGGCCAGGAACGAAACGAGUUUCUACGGAAACACAACAUUGACACGUACCUGAUCCGCCCAGCAGCUCGAGAGGAAGCAGAGCCACCGAGAGUGAGACGUCCAAGUUACGACGAGAUGACGACGUGGAGCGCCGAGCUGCCAUUUGGAGACAGCCUGGGGAUGAACUUUAUCCUCGCCACCUUCACCAACGGCUCAUUGACCCAGCUGCCCAAUCACAUCGCAGUGCAGCAGUCCGGGUCACGAGAGGUCAACAAGAGGAUUCUCCGGGCAAUGGAGGUGAGGAGCAGCGAGCGAAUGAGAAAGGAGCAGAUCACCACCUUCACCCAGGUGUUCAAGGACUCCCACAUGGAGGGAAAGUACUCCCACAUGAGGGAUGAACUCUUCAAGUCCAACAUGGUUUGUUCCUUCAUCCUGCUGCUGCUGCUGAUGUCCGUCCAGGUGCUGAUCCCUGCCCCCAGGUUGUGUCCAAUGAUUGCUCAGUUUGUGGUCGGCGGCAGCGUUUACUUCCUGCUUCUGUUGCUGACUCUGGGGGAGGAGUUUAAGCAUUGCCCCGCCCCUCUGCAGUCGCUCUGUUGCUGGGUUCACGAAACCAAGAGUGCCCGGACGCUGCUUACGCUUACCGCCAUCACCGUCAACUUUGGGGUCGCCACGUCAGACAUUCUGUGGUGUGAUUCGUCAGAAACUCAUUUGAACAGCGGGGGCUCACAGUUGGCUCCGCCCCCUUCCACCUGGCCUGACAUCAACAUCUGCACACACCCAGAGUACAUGGUGUUGAGCGGUGUGGUUGCCAUGGUUACUUGUGCGGUGUUCCUCAGGCUGAGUUGCAUGUUGAAGUUGGCUGUCCUCCUGCUGGCCGCCGCCCUCUACACCUACCUGAUAGAAACACACAGGUCUCAUCACCUGUGCAGGAAGGGAAUUUGUGUUGUUCUUAUGGUGAUGUUUGUGGUGGCCGUUCUCUACAACAGCAGACAGCUGGAGGCCACGGCGCGUCUGGACUUCCUGUGGCGUCUUCAGGCGAGGAAGGAGGUGGAAGACAUGAAGGAGCUGAGGGAGCACAACGAGUGUCUGCUGCUCAACAUCCUGCCCGCCCAUGUUGCUCAGCACUUCCUGCAGAGAGACCGCAACGACGAGGAGCUGUACUCUCAGUCAUACGAACGCGUCGGCGUCCUGUUCGCCUCUCUGCCUGGCUUCUCUGAUUUCUACCAACAGAAGGAGGUUGUCCAUCAGCACGUUGAGUGUCUCCGCCUCCUCAACAACAUCAUCACCGCCUUCGAUGAGCUGUUGGACGAAUGUUAUUUCCAGGAAGUGGAGAAGAUAAAAACCAUCGGCAGUUCAUACAUGGCGGCUUCUGGUCUCUCUCCUGACAGACAGGAGUGUGAGGACGGCUGGCACCACCUCAGUGAAUUGGUCCUUUUCGCCCUGGCAAUGGAGGAAACUCUGAAACACAUCAACACUCACACAGGAAACAGUUUCCAGCUGCGAGCAGGUAUUGCUCACGGCCCCGUCAUCGCAGGUGUGAUUGGUGCCACCAAACCUCAGUACGACAUUUGGGGGACGACAGUAAAUAUGGCGAGCAGAAUGGAGAGCACCGGGGUCAGUGGGAGGAUACAGGUACCGGAGUCGACCAGCUGUAUCCUGGUGGAGCAGGGUUUCCUACGGCAGCUCAGAGGGAACAUUUACGUGAAAGGCAUCAGCGAACGUCACGGAAAGGUUCGUACGUAUUUCGUGAGCAGUCAAGGCGAGCGUUCCAGUUACAUGGAGCGUGGCGGUGGGCGGGGCUUCGCUCUGAACAGGAACACGCUGGGAGCCGUGGUUUACAGUCUGGUUCAGGCCCGCAAGAGGGAGAAACUGAGGGAGGAAAACGGAGGCUUUCACCUGGUGGAGGCGUCAUAGAAACGACAGACACCGUCCAGGUGAUGUCAUGUUAGCAUCAAUUAGCCAAUCAGAAGAGACUUCCUCUAAUCAUGGAUGCAUCGUCCUCUUAGGUCGGACAUACGGUGGACGUGGACUCAAAACCAACGACCAAAAACCUCUGACACACUCAACAUAUACAGGAGUGUUUUUAUUUGUUGUUCCAUGGACUGACCAGCAGGUAGAGUUGUUUCACUGUGUGAACCAUGUUUUUCUACUUUAUAUACCAUCAGAGGACCUUUGUUUUAAAAAACAACAAGGACACGAAGGACAAAAGGGACAGAGAACACAGAGGACACAGAGGACAAACACGAUUUGUCCACUACAUGGAAAAAAAAUAAGUUUUUAUGUGUUGUUCCACGGACUGACCAGCGGGUGGAGCUAUUUCACUGUGUGUAUCAUGUUUUUCUACUUAAGAACCAUCAGAGGACCUUUGUUUUAAACAAGGACACAAAGGACAAAAGGGACACAGACGACACAGAGGACACAGGACACAAAGGACACAGAGGACACUGAUGACACAGAGGACACAAAGGACACAGAGGACACAGAGGACACAAAGGACACUGCUGUUAAGUGAAGAAAAUAGUUUUUUAUAUAAAUGAACGAACAUUUUAAAAAUCUGGAAGAAAAACUGAAAAUGUAAAAUUUUUUAGCAUCGACCUGCUGGGCGAGGGUUACAGCCAAACUGAACCUUUUAUAGACUGAAGGUGUUGCUCUCUCUGGAUGUGUUCACUGUCUCAACUGUUGUUUUUCCUGCAGCAGUAUUUUUUAUUAAAAACUGAACUGAAUUUAACAUUAGAAAAUAAAAGUGAUGAAAAUGG